UGGGUGCACUUUUUAAGCCUGUCCAGGUCCCUCUGGAUGGUGUCCCUCCCUUCUGUUCUGGCAGCUGCACCACUCAGCUUGGUAUCAUCAGCAAACUUGCCUUGGGGACACUCCAUCCCAUGGUCCUGGCUCUGUGCUUUCAGAAUUCCUUAAAAGUAAAAAUAAAAAUACAAAGAAUGAGUAAAAAGAAUGGACACACCGAUCCAGAUAUGUUAUGCCCGUCUGGUAAUGCUGACUACUGGCUUUGCUGUUGAAAGCUCCUUUCUCUGCUGCUCAGUGAUGCAUAUUGGAUUGAACUCGGUGGUUAGGAGUCACACAUGGUGCUACCUUGCGUGUUUCAUAGGUGGCAUCUUAGACUUUCAACAUUUGGGUAGGUGUCAGUUAAUUCUUUUAAGCACUGACUGAAAUUAAAAAAUCCUUCUAUUAUUACUUUCUGACGUACUCAGUACAUAACCUGUAAUUAUUUCAAAAAAUACUUGUGAGUUUAAUUGGCGUAUUCUCUCCUAUUUCUUUGCCUUAAAUCUUUAAAUAGAGAAUCUUUCACCAGGGGAAUCUAUCUCAUUUUUAAUGCUGUUAUUCUCAUUAAGUAUGUGUUCUAUGAGGUACUCAUUUGUUGCUGAACGAGUUGGUAAAAACUAAGGUUUUUCUAAAGGAUAUGUUUGAUCUUAUUUUACGUGCAUGCUUAUUUAAUGUUUUUGAGGGUUUUUUUUUGUAUGUCUAUGUCUAGAGCAACGUUAAUAUUGAAAUAUUAAAACACAGCACGUUACUCUAUAGAUCUUACAGCUUGCAGCUGCUAAGACUAAAAUGCAGUUGCAUCCCUAACAGUGGAUUUUGGAGAUUCUUUUGGAAAACAACUGUUUCAGGUUCCUACUAUUAUGGCCUUACCUUCAUGUCACAUGGCACUCGGUGGCAGGCACAGGCACAGCACUGUAGUUACUUGGCCCCGUAUUCAUCUAGUAUUUUUAAAACUUUCAGGAAGUGUUGUAGCAACAGAAAUGAUAGCAAAUGAAAUUAUUAUGGAAGGAGUUAUACUAAUUCAAAGAGCUACAUCGGGGCUUUAAAAAUGAAAAUGAGUAGAUAAGACAUUCCAUAGUUCUCCUUCUAAAGGAUUUCAUCCUUUUUUAGUACCUCACUGCUGUAAUAAUGUAAUUGUCCUUUCUCUCUUUUUCUUAUCAGUAGUAGAUGGAUGUAGACCAAUCUUUCAUCUGUGCAAACUCAGUGAAGCCAGAAACAGAUAUUUUGUUAAAUGUAAUUCCUUUUGUUAAAUACAUUUCUAUCUGCAUUGCCCUGUGACCUUUUCAUUCACGUCACCACCAUUUCUGAAAGCUGAAGAGGGCCAAUAUAUGAAAGUAGAGAUUGUGCCCCUAAUCUUAAUUUUAAAGGGAAAACAAUAACAAAUACUUUAUCAAACAAUGGAAUGUGUCUUUAUUGCUGACUGUUACCUGAGAAUACUUUGUUAGGUGUAAUUAAUUAAAAAUUUGUUUUCUUGGAAGAAAUAUGUACCUUUCUGUUACAAAGAUUUCACGUGGACUUGGUCUUUUUUUUUUCUAACUGAUUCUGUUAUGAAGGAUGUCUGUAACACCAGUGGUGCUAUCAGAGACGCCAGGAUGUGCUGCAGUGCUCACCAUGGCUCCUUGCCACAGUACAUGCAUCAUGAAUGAAUCUGCCUCCAGCGGAAAUGGCCAAGAGUUUGAUGUAUUUAGUGUUAUGGACUGGAAGGAUGGCAUAGGUACCUUGCCAGGAAGUGACCUGAAGUUUAGAGUGAAUGAAUUUGGAGCCCUGGAGGUGAUUACAGAUGAAAAUGAGAUGGAAAGUGUUAAAAAAGCCAUGGCUACCACCACCUGGAUGGUUCCAACAGCUCAAGAAGCCUUUUCAGAAAAGACAGGGAUCCCCACAAAGUUGAAGGAAACUGCAAAAAUGGAUGGACUUGUUUUCUGUGAAAACUGUUAUCACUAUGGUACUGUAGAAGAAUUUGUUCCUGAAGGGAAAUUUUGCAGCCAGAAAUGUGCCCAGCAAGUAAAAAACAAAGAACCAAAGGAGGAAAAGCCCAACUUGGAAUGCAAUGGGGAUGAUGAAUCCAAAGUCAUUCGGAAAAGAAAAACAAAAUUACCUCUCAAAGAAGAGACCAGGGAUAAUGAGGAGAAGAAAGAAAAUCCUGAUGAAACUGAGGACAAAUCUGAAGGCAGAAUUUUGAGAGUCUCACAGAGAGCCAGGAGAAAAAGAAAAGGGGAAAUAACAGUUUUGAAACAAACUGUAUCCUCUAAAGGGAAGCAAGCAUGGUGUUGGGCAUCCUAUCUAGAGGAAGAAAAGGCUAUUGCAGUACCUACUAAGCUUUUUAAAGAGUAUCAGUCUUUCCCAUACAACAAAAAUGGAUUCAAAGUGGGGAUGAAGCUGGAGGGUGUGGAUCCCGAGCACCAGUCAAUCUACUGUGUUCUCACGGUGGCUGAGGUUUGUGGCUACAGAAUACGACUCCACUUUGAUGGCUACCCAGACUGUUACGAUUUCUGGGUGAAUGCUGAUUCUUCAGACAUUCAUCCUGUUGGAUGGUGUGAAAAAACAGGUCACAAGCUUCAUCCACCAAAAGGAUAUAAAGAAGAAGAAUUCAGCUGGCCCUCAUAUCUGAAGGCAUGCAAGGCGCAAGCUGCUCCUAAAUCUCUGUUUGAAAACCAGAAUACAACAGUGAUUCCAUCGGGAUUUCGAGUAGGGAUGAAGCUGGAAGCCGUAGACAAAAAGAACCCUACAUUCGUUUGUGUUGCUACGGUAACAGACAUGGUGGACAAUCGUUUUCUGGUUCACUUUGACAACUGGGAUGAGAGUUACGACUACUGGUGUGAGGCAGCUAGCCCACAUAUUCAUCCUGUUGGGUGGUGUAAAGAACAUAAAAGAACUCUUAUCACCCCACCAGACUACCCACAUGCUAAGCAUUUUUCUUGGGAGAAGUAUUUGGAAGAAACCAGUUCAUUACCUGCACCUGCAAGGGCUUUUAAAGUGAAACCUUCUCAUGGUUUCCAGAAAAACAUGAAACUUGAAGUGGUUGACAAGAGAAAUCCAGUAUUUAUCAGAGUAGCAACUAUUGUAGAUACUGAUGACUACAGAAUAAAAGUCCAUUUUGAUGGCUGGGAUAGUAUUUAUGAUUAUUGGAUGGAUGUAGAUAGUCCUGAUAUCCAUCCUGCAGGGUGGUGUACAAAAACUGGGCACCCUCUUCAGCCCCCACUGAGUCCCUUGGAGUUAGUGGAAGCUUUAGAGCAUGGUGGGUGUCCCACAGCAGGAUGUAAAGGAGUUGGGCAUGUUAAAAGAGCAAGACAUAUCGGCCAUCAUAGUGCAGUCAGCUGCCCAUACUCUGAGAUGAACUUGAACAAAGAAAGCCUCCUACCCGAUCGGCUCAGUGGGGAGUUGCCUGCAGCCAAUCCUGUCCCCAGAAACAGAAGAGUGGAAGCAAGGGAAAGAUCCCCCUCUCCUAUAAUCAAUGACAGAAAAUGCCCUAGCCCUGGUCACAUAGGAACAAAAUCUGCAGCUCAUAAUCGAUCAUCUGGGAAAACUGUAUCAGAAACAACUAAGCAGGAAGACAGAGAAAGUGCAUCUCCUUGCAAGAAGCCCCUGUUAUGUGACAUGAAAGAAAAGAAGCCACCUGGAGGAGUACUACAGAUGAAGGACUCUGUAAAGAACAAAGAGUGUGAAGAAAAAGAGACAGAAAAUAAUCUGCUCGUUUCAAAUGAAAUUACAGUUACUGAAGAACCCAGCACCCAGAGGCUUCUUUCUCAACCAGUAGUUGUGUCUUCAAAGCUGCAAAUCCCUGGCCUACCCUUGCGCUGGGAACAGCAAAGCAAGCUCCUGCCAAGUGUAGCUGGGAUCCCAGCCAGUAAAGUUUCUAAGUGGAGUACAGAUGAGGUCUCUGAAUUUAUACGGAGUUUACCAGGAUGUGAAGAACAUGGCAAGGUAUUUAAAGAUGAGCAAAUUGAUGGAGAAGCAUUUCUGCUAAUGACUCAAUCAGACAUAGUCAAAAUAAUGAGCAUUAAACUGGGACCAGCCCUAAAAAUCUUUAAUUCCAUUCUGAUGUUCAAAGCUGCAGAGAAAAACUCACACAAUGAACUUUGAAGAUAAUGGAAAACGUGUACAAGCCAACUUCCUCCACUGGAGCUCAUGUUUUAUUCAAAGCACAAAGACUCACCAGGAUUAUUGAGUAAGGACUCUCAGAAAGGAAGAAAAGUAUGUUCUGCACUGGUGGACUAUUCAUAUUCUCCUAGAGCCAGUACACAUCUGAAUCCUUCUGGGAAGUGCUGAAGCUUUUAAGAAGGUACUUUUUAACAACCAAGUCAGCUAGUCUUAUUUACCAAACUAAUGGCGCUAAUUCUCCAUGGAGGGCCAGGAUCCCUAACGCUCUGGGCAUCAAGAAAAAACCUUCAUUAAUUAUUUAUGCUGUAUUAUAUAAGGGAACAUUAAUAUUUUCUAAGAAUUCCUAAAUUCUGCUUCAUGUACCCAUUUUACUUCUCGGUAGCUAUUAUUUCUUACCAUCGAAAUAAAAAACAAUUAGCCAAAUGGCUAUGGAUAGCCAGAUGAGACUGUUACGGCUAAUAAAAAAUUGUGCCAUAGUUUAAAAAUGAAAGUUAAUGUUACAUAUGUGACACCUUAUGCUACAGCAUAUAACUUUACAGAUUAUAAAACUGUCUGUUUGCUUGUAACGAAACAAACCUUGUUGGGGUUGAAAUUAUAAUGCUUUUUUGAUAACUGAAUGUUUUUACUUUUGCACGAUUACAAAAAUGUUAUGUGAGUUUUUCCACCAGCAUCUUUAAUGUAUUUUACCAAAAGAUCAGUAUAGAGAAGGCUGCAACUGAAAAAUAAAGUUUGACUUCAUAGAAGACAUUCAUUUAUGCUGCAUAGUAGAGCCCGAGCCUUUUACAUGGGAGCCUGCUUACAGUCCUUCCGCACAUGAAGGAAAAUACACGUAUUUUGAGGUAAGACUAUUAGCAAAAAAAGAAAAUAUAUUUAUUCAUGUCUGCACACGCUAGUCUCCAGUAUACUUACCAAAACAGUGGAGAAAAACAGUGUCCUAAUGCUAGGACUGCUACUCUGGCUUCAUAUUCAGUGUAAGCUCGUUCUCCUAGUGGUGGGAGAAUUAUUUAACCCACCACUUCCUAGUUCAAAAUUCUGAUUUACAAAUGAAUGAAGCAUAGCGGGAAAGCCAAAACAUGGAGGAAAAAGCUAAACACGUAUCUUGCAUAGGCAUGAACUAGGUAAAAGGCAUGGGUUUCACCAGGUCAUUAGCAAGGCUGCAGAUUCCACUAGCAGGUACUUGGAGGCUUAUUAUGUCAGGGAAAUUAGUUGCACUUGGUAUAUAUACGUAAGAUGUAAACCGGAUGCACUUUACACUGGAGAAAGCCUAGCUACUGGUAUAUUGAGGGCUGUACCAGAAUUUUGCUUUUACAAGAAGAGAGAGAAGAGUUGGAUCAAGAUUUUGGCAGCCCUCUUCUUAGUACUGAGGUGGGCAGUUGCUCAGUCUGUAGUUAAGAACAGUGUUUCCGUUGCACAGAACUUGGAGAAUUUUAAAUCUUCCCACAGAUUUUGCUAGGCUGUUCUUUGGCUGAAGUUCCUUAAGAUUUCAAGAACCCUUUGUGCCCCUUCCAGAUCACACUGGUGACUGGUACCUGCCAUAAUGAGGUAAAACAGGGUCAGUAUGAAGUAAGUUGCAUUGCUCUAUUAAUUUCCUUCCAUAGCAUUGCAUAAAUAAUAUUUUUACAUUUUGUUCAAUAUUUGUACAGUCAAAUUGCACUCUUAUUGUACUACAAUACAAAUAAAACCUGAGUUGGACCUGUCUGUUACAUUCAUGUA